AUGAAACCUCUUUUCGUCAUGAUUACAUCGCCACUUGGAGCGCAUGUUCAACCACGAUCAGCAAGGAAGAAGCGUGUGCGCUUUGGGGAUGUUUCCGUGGGGGUGGCAAGUGCCAAGAGUUCGUCCUGUGGGGAGGCAAAGCGGUGCCGAUGGUAUACCAGAGAGGAAUUCAAGUUUAUUCGCCAGACUAUUCGGCACACUAUCAAGGGCAAGAUUGCUGUGGAUGAAUGCCAGGAAUCCUGGAGGGGACUUGAGUACAUGGCCGACAAGAUCAGAAGGAUGGAAAGGAAGAUGAAAAUCCAACUUGUCCUGGAAUUGCAAGAAGAUAACCGAACCACAGGCAUUCCCUGUUGUCAAGGCUUGAGACAACUUUCGCUACAACUGAGCAAACAGGAUACUCAUUGCAGCGUAGUGAGUGCUGCCAAGGACUCCCUGAACGCAAAUCAAAUCUACAAGGAAACGCUGAAGGCGGCCAUUGUAGAUCCAUGCUUUCUUUAA